CUGCAAGGACGGCUGAGGGCUCGCGGCACAGCCCCCCUCGGCAUGGCUGGGUCGGAGCAGCCGCCGCCUCGCGAGGAUGGGGAGGCGCCGCUACCCCUGGAGGACGCGGAGCUGGCGCUGGCCGGGAUCAACAUGCUGCUGAACAACGGCUUCCGCGAGUCCGACCAGCUCUUCAGGAAGUACAGAAACCAUAGUCCAUUGAUGAGUUUUGGAGCCAGCUUUGUCAGUUUUUUGAAUGCCAUGAUGACAUUUGAAGAAGAAAAAAUGCAGUUAGCAUGUGAUGACUUGAAAGCAACGGAAAAAUUGUGUGAGAGCGAAGAAGCUGGAGUUAUAGAAACAAUCAAGAAUAAAAUUAAAAAAAAUGUUGAUGGCAGAAAAUCUGCACCAUCCAUGACUGAUCGACUUCAAAGACAGAUAAUUGUAGCAGACUGUCAAGUUUACUUGGCUGUGCUUUCUUUUGUAAAACAAGAAUUGUCAGCAUACAUAAAAGGUGGGUGGAUCCUUCGUAAAGCCUGGAAAAUUUACAAUAAAUGUUAUCUGGACAUUAAUACACUUCAGGAAAUAUAUCAGAAGAAGUUAACUCAGGACUCCUUGACUUCUGAUGCUGCAAAUGAUAAUCAUAUCUCUGCAGAAGGUGUAACGGAGGAUUCGCUAAACAGGCUGAAAGGUGCUGUUAGCUUUGGAUAUGGACUUUUUCAUCUUUGCAUAUCCAUGGUGCCCCCAAACCUGCUCAAAAUCAUCAACCUGCUGGGGUUUCCUGGAGACCGCCUACAGGGGCUUUCUUCACUGAUGUAUGCAAGUGAAAGUAAGGACAUGAAGGCCCCUUUAGCUACAUUAGCUUUGCUGUGGUACCACACAGUAGUUCGCCCUUUUUUUGCUUUGGAUGGCAGCGAUAGCAAGGCAGGACUGCAAGAGGCAAAGGAGAUCCUGCUGAAAAAAGAAGCAGCUUAUCCAAAUUCAUCUUUGUUUAUGUUCUUCAAGGGAAGAAUACAACGGUUAGAGUGUCAAAUCAACAGUGCCUUGACUUCCUUCCAUACUGCUUUGGAACUUGCAACAGAUCAAAGGGAGAUCCAGCAUGUCUGCCUAUAUGAAAUUGGCUGGUGCAGCAUGAUAGAAAUGAAUUUCAAAGAUGCAUUUGAAUCUUUUGAAAGACUUAAAAAUGAAUCAAGGUGGUCCCAGUGCUAUUAUGCUUAUCUAACAGCAGUGUGUCAAGGAGCCACUGGUGAUGUGAAUGGUGCACAGAAUGUAUUCAAGGAAGUUCAGAAGCUUUUCAAAAGAAAAAACAAUCAGAUUGAGCAAUUCUCAGUCAAAAAGGCAGAUAGAUUUAGGAAACAAACACCGACCAAAGAGCUCUGUGUGCUGGCAUCUAUUGAAGUGUUGUAUUUAUGGAAAGCCCUUCCAAACUGUUCUUUUUCCAACCUACAACGUAUGAGCCAAGCCUGUCAUGAAGUUGACGAUUCAUCUGCUGUUGGUUUGAAGAACUUGCUUCUUGGUGCCAUACACAAAUGCUUAGGGAAUUCUGAAGAUGCUGUACAAUUCUUUCAACGGGCUGUUAAAGAUGAAUUGUGUCGUCAAAACAACUUGUACAUUCAGCCAUAUGCUUGCUAUGAACUUGGCUGUCUUCUGCUAGAUGAUCCAGAGACUGUGCCAAGAGGCAAAACCUUACUUCUCCAAGCAAAGGAAGAAUUCACUGGAUAUGAUUUUGAGAACAGAUUGCAUGUCCGCAUACAUGCAGCCUUAGCUUCUCUGAGGGAAGUGGUUCCACAGUGACAAUAGGAAGUCUUGCGUUAUCCAUUCCUAUGGUUUCUGCACUUUAAGAUGAAGCAGGAGAUAAAGAUGUUGGGAAGACCAGCUUUUCUUCUGAAAACCACCUGUGCCAGAGUUCCUAAAACAUUCAGAGUUUGUGACUAAAUAAAACAUUAUAAUAUUAAUAAUUAAACACAAAAUAAGUCAGUUAAAGAGGAUUAACUCUCAGUUUUUGUUUAAACCAAGCUGCAAAUAAUUAGGAUGUGACUGUGCAGGUGAGCGUACAAGAAGCAUUCAUCUGAUUUAUUGCGACAAUAUUGGUUCACUUCUGGCAGGUAUCAUAUAGCCCUUCAAAUUUUUCUAAAGUACCCGUUCUAGGGAGAACAACCUAUUUGAUUAAAAUAAUAACACUGUAUAAAGAAUCAGUGUAAGUUUUAAGUUUUGAGAAUAAGAGAGCACUUUUUCUCUAAAAGCCAACAAGAAAGGGGGCACAAAAGAAGUAAGAUUGUCAGCCAACAUGCUUGUUAAAUCUGUAUUGGCUUAUUUCAAUUACUUGAUGAUUCAUAAAGUUUAAAUUUUAGAAUGCAUCUAUUCUGUAUUUAUUUUUAAAUUAUGAAAAUAUUAAGGAUAUCUACUACUAGUACACUUCUUCCAAUUAUUUCUUUGACAUUCAGUUACUAAGUCAUUUAUUCUCUUAAUAUUCUGAAUAGUUUUUGCCUGUUAGAUAUUACAAAGAGUUUAACAAAUUGUUUUUUCCACUCAGGUUCCUAAAUCUUUUGGUAUAAGAAAAUAACCUUUAAACAUAAUUUUAAAGCCCCUUAUUUAUACUAAAUGGUAUAUUUUCCUUUACUUCCGUAUAUGGUACUCCAAACUUGUGGUAUUAAAGUAUUUAAAUACCUCAGUCAAUUUAAGAAUCUGUCAUGAUCAUAUCACUUUUAAAACAUGGUCAAAUGUACAGUAACGCUAUAGUUCUGUUUACCUUUAAGACCACAAUAUUAGUUCUUUUAUAUAUUCUCUCAGUGUAAAACUUAGUUAAUUUUAUUUUUUAAAUUACUUGGUAAUAGAAGUCUGGCCAGAAUUUUAGUGAAUUUUGUUGUUUUGCAUAGCUGAUGAGACUGAAAGCAGCUAUCAUAGACUGCUGACAGAUGUGGGAGGAG